UCUCUCCCCUCCCCGUCUCCGUAAACAGAGAAGACAGAAGAGAGAAGAGAAAGAAACCAGCAGCAAAUCCCACAUCCGCCUCCGCCUUCCCUUCCUUUUCCUACCCCCGAUCGAAACAGAGAGCUAGCUUAGAGAGAUAUUCCCGCGAAUCUUCUGCUCCGAUUCCAAGCCCGUCCCGGUCUCGGUCGCGUCCCACUCCCCCUUCAAUCCUUCAAUCCUUCUUCACCGGAACCUGCGGCGGCAGUUCGAGUCCAAUCGUGAGGCAGAGUAACAGGGCGAACGCGGGAGCCAGAGCGAGAGGUCGGGAAGAAGAAGAACUCACCGGCGGCGGCGAACCGGACAUGUGCGUGGAGGGAUUCGAGGACGCGCAGAUCGAGAGGCCGGCAGAUUUCGCGUAUGGCUCAUCAGAGUCUCUUCUGGUCGCAAAUGCUGGCGAUUGCCGAGCUGUCCUUUCCCGGCGCGGCGCCGCAAUCGAAAUGUCCAAGGACCACAGGGCCUGCUGCCUGAAUGAAAGAAAGAGAGUUGAAUCCCUAGGCGGCUACGUCGACGACGGCUAUCUGAAUGGCCAGCUAGCGGUCACCAGAGCGCUCGGCGACUGGCAUCUCGAUGGCCUCAAGGAGAUGGGCGAGCCCGGAGGCCCGCUGAGCGCCGAGCCGGAGCUCAAGAUGAUCACGCUGACCAAGGACGACGAGUUCCUCAUCAUCGGCAGCGACGGCAUCUGGGACUACUUCUCCAACCAGAACUCGGUGGACUUUGCGCGGCGGAGGCUCCAGGACCACAACGACCUCCGGCGGUGCUGCAAGGAGAUCGUGGAGGAGGCGAUCCGGCGGGGCGCCACCGACAACCUGACGGCGGUCAUGGUCUCGUUCCACCAGGAGGCCCCUCCCCAGAUCAGGGUGAACAGGACGGGCAGGGUCGAGCGGAGCAUCUCGGCCGAGGGGCUCCAUAGCCUCAGGGUGCUCCUGGAAGGCCAGUGAUCUCGGCGGCGCGCCAUUGUCGCCGCCUUCUUCUUCUGCAUUGUUGAGUGUCAACUGUAAGUACCGAUCCGCCGUCGUCGUCGACAUGCCAGUUUGUGGCUCUAUUGUUACCUGGGAAUAAAACCAACGAACCUGAAGAAGAUCUCACCCGCCAUUGUGAAUCGUGAGGCACCUGUAAAUAUAAGUUGGGAGCUUAAUUAGGGUGGUAAGGGAGUCAGUAGCGUGCAUCCAGGGGGCUUUGAGGCUCAUUAUGAGAUGAUGAGAUGUGUUGUUCCCCCUGUUUAAGUUUUGUCUGUAAAAGAAACCAUUCUCUGGUUAUUGCUAUUGUAUCAGUGUACCUUGAGUUGUCUCAUGUGAUGAACCA